AUGAGCGUUUCAUCUUUUGUUCGUCACUUAUUUCAUCAUAGCUUCCACUUUACCUUUUUUUUUUUUUCUUGUCCUGACUUUAAGUCGUCUAUCUUUUCAUCGUUUAUAGACCAAGAUCACUCCUUGGACGACAUGGCAGCUGUCGUGAAGAUCGAAAAAGGCGUCGGUGGCAAUAAUGGGGGCAAUGGGAAUGGCAGUGGUGCCUUUUCUCAGGCUCGGAGCAACAGCACUGGCAGCAGCAGCAGCAGCGGUGGAGGAGGAGGAGGAGGAGGAGGAGGAGGACAGCCAUCCCCUUUGGCUCUGCUGGCAGCAACUUGCAGCAGAAUUGAGUCACCCAAUGAAAACAGCAACAACUCCCAGGGCCCAAGCCAGUCAGGGGGUACAGGUGAGCUUGACCUCACAUCCACACAACUCUCACAGGGUGCCAAUGGCUGGCAGAUCAUCUCUUCCUCCUCUGGGGCUACCCCUACCUCAAAGGAACAGAGUGGCAACAGUACCAAUGGCAGCAAUGGCAGUGAUUCUUCCAAGAACCGCACCGUCUCCGGUGGGCAGUAUGUUGUGGCUGCCACCUCCAACUUACAGAACCAGCAAGUCCUGACAGGACUACCUGGAGUGAUGCCUAAUAUCCAAUAUCAAGUAAUUCCUCAGUUUCAGACCGUUGAUGGGCAGCAGCUGCAAUUUGCUGCCACGGGGGCCCAAGUCCAGCAGGAUGGUUCUGGUCAAAUACAGAUUAUACCUGGUGCAAAUCAACAGAUCAUCACAAACCGAGGAAGUGGAGGCAACAUCAUUGCUGCUAUGCCAAACUUACUUCAGCAGGCUGUCCCCCUUCAAGGCCUGGCUAACAAUGUGCUCUCAGGACAGACUCAGUACGUGACCAACGUACCAGUGGCCCUGAAUGGGAAUAUCACUUUGCUACCCGUCAACAGCGUUUCUGCAGCUACCUUGACUCCUAGCUCUCAGGCAGUCACAAUCAGCAGCUCUGGGUCCCAGGAGAGUGGUUCACAGCCAGUCACUUCAGGGACUUCCAUCAGUUCCACCAGUUUGGUAUCCUCACAAACCAGUUCCAGCUCCUUCUUCACCAAUGCCAAUAGCUACUCAACAACGACUACCACCAGCAACAUGGGAAUCAUGAACUUUACCACCAGCGGAUCAGCAGGGACCAACUCUCAAGGUCAGACACCCCAGAGGGUCAGUGGUCUACAGGGAUCUGAUGCUCUGAACAUCCAGCAGAAUCAGACAUCUGGAGGUUCACUGCAGACAACUCAACAAAAAGAGGGAGAGCAGAACCAGCAGCCGCAGCAGCAACAACAACAACAAAUUCUUAUUCAGCCUCAGCUAGUUCAAGGGGGACAAACCCUUCAGGCUCUCCAGGCUGCACCAUUGUCAGGGCAGACCUUUACAACUCAAGCUAUCUCCCAGGAAACCCUCCAGAAUCUCCAGCUUCAGGCUGUUCCAAACUCUGGCCCCAUAAUCAUUCGGACACCAACCGUGGGGCCUAAUGGACAGGUCAGUUGGCAGACUCUUCAGUUGCAGAAUCUCCAAGUUCAGAACCCACAGGCCCAGACAAUCACCUUGGCUCCCAUGCAGGGUGUUUCCUUGGGACAGACCAGUAGCAGCAAUACCACCCUCACACCCAUUGCCUCAGCUGCAUCCAUCCCUGCUGGCACAGUCACUGUGAAUGCUGCUCAACUCUCCUCCAUGCCUGGCCUCCAGACCAUUAACCUCAGCGCUUUGGGUGCUUCAGGGAUCCAGGUACACCAGCUUCCAAGCCUGCCAUUGACUAUAGCUAAUGCUCCAGGUGAUCAUGCAGCUCAGCUUGGCCUCCAUGGGGCUGGUGGUGAUGGAAUACAUGAUGACGCAGCAGGUGGAGAGGAAGGAGAGAAUAGCCCUGAUCCCCAGCCCCAAGCUGGUCGCAGGACCCGACGAGAAGCAUGUACCUGCCCCUACUGUAAAGACAGUGAAGGAAGGGGUUCUGGGGAUCCUGGUAAAAAGAAACAGCACAUUUGCCACAUGCAGGGAUGUGGCAAAGUAUAUGGCAAGACCUCACACCUACGGGCACAUUUGCGUUGGCACACAGGCGAGAGGCCAUUCAUGUGUACCUGGUCAUACUGUGGGAAACGCUUCACACGUUCGGAUGAGCUACAGAGGCACAAACGUACUCACACAGGUGAGAAGAAAUUUGCCUGCCCUGAAUGUCCCAAGCGUUUCAUGAGGAGUGACCACCUGUCGAAGCAUAUCAAGACCCACCAGAAUAAGAAGGGAGGCCCUGGUGUAGCUCUGAGUGUGGGCACUUUGCCCCUGGACAGUGGGGCAGGUUCAGAAGGCAGCGCCUCUGCCACUCCUUCUGCCCUUAUUACCACCAAUAUGGUAGCCAUGGAGGCCAUCUGUCCAGAGGGUAUUGCCCGUCUCGCCAACAGUGGCAUCAACGUCAUGCAGGUUGCGGAUCUGCAGUCAAUUAAUAUCAGUGGCAAUGGCUUCUGAGAUCAGUCUCCCAGGGCCAGAGACACAUGGGCCAUACCCAUCAACCCUGGGAUGCAAAGUAGCAUGGGUCCAAGAGACAUGUGGGAAAGAGCCAUGAGGCAUUAAAAUGCAUGGUGGUGGGAAGAAUGGGGAAUGGAUACAAAAGAAGAUAUGGGGUCCUGGCACCCACCUAUCAUCAGUACCUCCUUGAAGUGAGAAAUAUUAGUCAAAAUUCGUUGGUGCCACCCUUUGAGCAUUUGUUUGACCCCAAAUAGUUUCUUCUUACCCCAGCAUCCCCUUCCUGCAUUUGUCUUCUCAGCUUCCCCAUCAUGGACCCUCCCUUCCUAAAGCCAUCAUGCCUUGAUAAAUAUAUAUGAUCAUUGAAAUACUUUUUAACAAGAAACAGAUUCUAUAUUAUAUAUAUAUAUACAAAUAUAUAUAUAAAAGAUAUAUAGAGAUGCAUUUGCAGGGGUUGGCUGGGAGGAGAAAAGAGACCAUUCUGUGACCAAAAUACCUUGGUCAUUAUUUUAUAUUGCCUUAUUUCUCUUAUGGCUGAGCCUUGUGACACAUCAGGCUUUUCUGUAGAUGUUAUCUUGGCUUCCCACCAGAUUAAGCAUUCAUAUUGCUCUGCUUUUAGUUUAUAUAUACAUACAUAAUGUUUUUCCUUUCUUAAUUUGUCUUUUUAUUUGGGAUCAGCUUCUUGCACUCCUUUCCUGACUCAACCUAUUCUGUCUCCCCCCACCUCUCACCUGAUCACUUCAUGUUUUGUUUUUGGUAGUGAUCCUGGAUGAGGGAUUUAUGUCAGUCCUAAAAUUCAUAGUCUUAGUAGCAGAAUGGAGAAUCUUUGAAACCCAGGGUGAUGCUUGAGGUAGCUACAAAUAGAUAAUCUUCAAAAUACUACUGACGCAGGCACCCUUCUGGUGCUGGAGAAUCAAAGGCACCACUCUUCAUUAACUGCUCUAAGCAUUUAAGAAUCUUAGUCUUUGUAUGAAAUUAUAUGAGACACUUUGAAGUUAUAAUCUGGGGUCAGUUUGUACAAACCGUUGUAAGGUGGUCAGAUCAUAGGUAGGGGAUUUCAGUAAGAAAAAGAUGUGCUCAGAAGGGGAAGUGACUCAUAGUUGUCUGGAGUUUGUGAAAUUUUGGCCUUGUACAGCUGUCUUCCAAGAGUAGCUCUAAGCUUUGAUAUUUCGGCUUUUGAGUUCACGUUCUGAAAGGAAAUAGAUACCCUCUCUUGAACAUCACUAAUAGUUUCUUUUCCACUUUGUUAUUAAGGAGGAUCAGCCAGUUUUCAUUCUUCAGAACUCCAGAGCAUAUACCAGUGGCAAGGCAUGAUUCUUUGAACUUUCCCUUAACCUUAUUUAGAUAGUUCAGAAGGGAAAAGGAAGCACAUGAUCGUGGGAAUUAGAUAGCCCAGAACAAAAAGGAGUCUUGUCUUAACCACUGUGGUUUAGAGGAGAGAUCAGUAGAAACUAUACUUUCUCCAUGGCCCGAGUUCUAAUGAGACUGAUCCAAAAAUUACAGCGGCAGGGAAUUCUUAGUGCACUUGGCACUAAGAUUUAAAUGUAACCAGAGUUGUCCUCAAGACCCAGCCAUUAAAAACAUUGUCUCUCUCUUAACCUUCUGGUAUCUUGUAAGAGAGAUUUUCACUGUGAGAAAGUGUGGAAAUGACUGUGUGAAUGUGUGUAAUCUGUUAGGUUGGGGAUAGGUUUUCUGUUAGCCAAUACUAAAAGAGACCUGCAAUAAUAAAAAUAAAAAAUUAACCCUAA